AUGACAGCCCCGACAUCUCCUCCGCGUCUGAAGCGACCCCUCCAUCGCCGAACCCCGUCUAGUCUCGAGAGCGUCCAGGAAGAAGUGACGGCCAUGUCGUCUCCCGAGGAUGCGGGCGGUGUGCCCAAGUCCAAGUCGGAACCGGAGCUGGGAGUCUCUGGCCUCUCUGUGCCUGGCAACUCGCCACAUGCCGCCUCUUCCCUACUCGAAGAACCGACUGCUUCGUCCACUGAUGGACAACCACCGCUCACCACGCCUGGUCUCUCGCGCUCCGCCUCCUUCUCCAACAGCUCCUACCAAGAUGAGUCCGACUUUGAGGAUACCGCCUUCUUCCCACCUGUCGAGAAGCUCACCAUGUUUGACUUUGUCGAGAACCUCGCUCUCUCGCAGCGUAUCGAGAAGAUUCAGAACUCCAUCGCCUCGCAGACGGAGAAGAUUAAGAACCAAGCGAAGAACCGGGGCAUAACUAGGGACCGUGUAGUCGAGGAGUGGCGCCGCAGAGUGCCCACGGAAGCAGAGCAGCUCGAUAAAUACAAGAAGCGCAUGCUCCAUUCUGUGGACCGUCUGAACAGACGCUGGAAGGAAUCACUAACAGUGACGGCGCGCGAAAAGGCCUCCUUCAUCGCCGCUGUUAUGAACAUCUUCGUCUCGGGCUACUUGGUUGGCUGCCAUCCAGACUGGUUCCCCCACUGGUAUACUGCCCAGCUGCUCUACUUUAUGCCGAUCCGCUUCAUCACCUACCACAAGAAGGGCUACCACUACUUCCUGGCCGAUCUAUGCUACUUUGUCAAUAUCCUCAUGGUUAUGAGCAUCUACAUCUUUCCUCAGUCUAAACGCCUGUUCAUCGCGACAUAUUGCCUCUGUAUGGGUAACAACGCCAUCGCCAUUGUCAUGUGGCGGAACUCGCUCGUCUUCCACAGCAUGGACAAGGUGGUCAGUCUGUUCAUCCACAUGAUGCCCUGCGUAACGCUACACUGCCUCGUCCACUUGCUAUCCCCAGAAUAUCAACAAGAACACUAUCCCGCCAUCUACAACAUUCGUCAUUCCGACCCGACUUCUCCCCACCACUAUAGCCUUCCACAGAUGAUGUUAUGGGCGACCUGUCCGUAUGCCUUCUGGCAACUGAGCUAUCACUUCCUCAUUACGGUGCGCCGCCGCGAACAGAUCGCCGCGGGUCGACCUACCAGCUUCACUUGGCUGCGAAAGUCGUAUGCCAAAACCUGGAUCGGCAAAAUUGUCCUCGCGCUUCCCGACUUCCUUCAAGAGCCCGCCUUUAUGUUCAUCCAGUACAGUUAUGCUGUUCUCACCAUGCUUCCCUGCCCUGUUUGGUUUUGGUACCGCUGGCCUAGCGGUCUAUUCCUUACCAUCGUCUUCAUCUGGAGUGUUUACAACGGUGCCACCUACUACAUUGACGUCUUUGGCAAUCGCUUCCAGAAAGAGUUGGAACAGUUGAAGAAGGACAUGGCAAAGUGGCAGGCCUCACCAGAAGGCGCCUUCACCCCCUUCACACCAAUGGGUGACGGAGCAGAUGGAGCAGAGAAGCAAUUAGGUUACAUCUCUCCACUUGAGGGCAGCACCAGUGUGAAGCCUGUGGACAAUACUACAAGAGAGAGAAAGUAG